AAUCACAUCUAUUGCUGAGUUGAUAUCAUUCAAAGGAUCAAUCGGAGUGUUAAGUGGCAGUUUGCAGUCGAUGAUCGAUGUCGAUGUUUUAGAUUACCUAUAGGAUGCAAAUACUACUAACAGUUCAAAAAACGUAUCGGCGAUAAUCUUUAAAGAAACAAUUCAGUUUAAAAAAUGCGUAUUCUUAGUGAGAAGACGUCAAAACUGGUUUCGCUUUUGUGGGAAAGAAUCUCUUACGAGUUUUGUGAUGCCACGUCUAUUCAUGGAUUCAAACAUUUUGUAGGGCGCGAUAAGCUGUAUCUAGAAAGGGUUUUUUGGAUAGUACUACCAUUCGCAUCUCUAUACUUUUGCCUUGAUUUUGUAUAUUCUGUGUACGAGAAGUGGGAACGUGACCCCAUAAUUAUCAGCUUGGACAAACAGCCCUCUUCAAUCUACACGAUCCCUUUCCCAGCGGUUACGAUCUGUCCGGAAACGAAGGUGAAAACAUCGGAGCUCAAUUUUACGCAUGCAUUCAGCCUUCUUCGCACGGGAUUUCUCAAUGAAUCGAAGGAUGGGGAACGAAUUCGCAAGGUUUUGGCCCUACUACAACUUUGCGAGUACAAUUUGUACGAAAGGUACGAUCAUCCAUUACAUCACAACGAUUUAUCAGUAAUGCUCAAAAGCAUGGCGAUUCCACCGCUUGAGGUGUUCAAUUCCUGUAUUUGGAAGGGGAAGCCCAUCAACUGUUUGAAACUAUUUAAGAGCUCGUUGACCAAUAUGGGGUACUGCUAUACGUUUAAUUCGCUAGCUAACAGUGAUUUGCUGCGCGCAGAGGAGUUGGACCCAAGCAUUAACACCUUCAACUCGGAAAUCAAUCCUUCCGACUGGACACUCGAUUUGGGCUAUCGCAACGGCGCUGGUACGAAAGCAUUUCCUCGCAGAGUAAUCACCGGAGGGUACUAUGGCGGUCUGGAAGUUUCACUUCUGGUGAAUAAAAGUGAUAAAGAUUAUUUAUGCGAGGAUUCUUUCCAGGGAUUCAAGGUACAACUCCACAUGCCGAACGAAUAUACUCUACUAAUGAAUCAGUUCUUCCGCGUUCCAGUGGACCAGCAACUGCUCGUAACGGUGGCACCCAGCGUGGUUAUCACCGAUUCGAAGGUGAAAUAUUACACACCAGAUAUGCGACACUGCUACUACACAAACGAGCGACGCUUGCGCUUCUUCCGAAUCUACACAAGAAAGAACUGUGAGAUUGAAUGUCUGACCAAUCACACUCUGAGUCUCUGCGGAUGUGUGAGGUUCUCGAUGCCUCGUCCUCCGAGGGCACCAAUUUGUAGUCUUCGAGAUGCUUCGUGCUAUCAGGAGGCACUCUCCAAAGUGUUGAAGCUGGAAGCAAUGAUCACGGAAGGUGUUGAUCGAAAUAUUUCAGAAUACUGCAACUGUCUACCAUCGUGCAAUAACGUCGUGUACGAUAGUCAGGUUUCCCAAGCGGAUUGGGAGUGGCAGAAGAGACCAUGGAUUGAUAACUCCAAGCGGCAGCACCUCACGAUGGAUAAUGUUCAUCAAUCGAAGAUCGUGAUCUACUUCAGAGAGGCACAGUUCAUGCCACUGAAACGAAAUGAACACAUUGCAUUCAGUGAUCUGGUGGCAAGCUGUGGCGGGUUGUUAAGUCUAUUCACGGGCGUGAGCAUUCUAAGCUUGUUGGAGCUGAUUUACUACUGCACGUUGAGACCCUUUUCCAUAUGGAGACGGUUAAAACGCGAUGAAAGUACGGAGGAUAUUGAAGCAAAAUGUGAGUGUACAGAAAAGGUGGAACCUGUUAUUCAAUAA